AUGGGAGCUGUUUAUACAAGCUUCUCUGAUGGGCCAGACUCUACCAGGAUAGACCCUACAGGACCCAUCAACCUGACCUUUGGGUCGCUUCUGAACCUGACGUGUGUCGCCGACUCCGUCCCAGCCCCCAGCUAUCGCUGGGUUCUCAAUGGCACCGACACUAAGGAGACCGGGAGCAGCUUGACCUUUAAUCUCACGACCUGGGCUCAGCAGGGGACGUACGAGUGCCGGGCUCACAACCCCGUCACCGGCCGCACUGCCUGGGCGUCUGUCGCCGUGCGGGUGACAGGGACGGACUCUCGCUGCCGGAACGAGACCCCCAGGGAGAACGGGGCACCCGUCCCAGUGUAUGUGAACCAGUCCGCUACAGCCUGGACAGGGCCAGUGGCCCAGCCCGAGAACCCCCCUGACCCCAGCCCCAUGUACCAGACGCUGGAGCCCCGAGAGCCGGACGUGUAUGAGGAGCUGAAUUGACGCCCCCUCCUGCCCCUGGUGCAUGCUGGAAGGGGCCCAGUGCAUGCUGGGAAAGGCGCGUCUCUGAGCCUGGGUCCCGCCGCCACGUUAAAGGGCAGGAAUGGUCACUGCCCGGCCCGGGGGGGUCCGUCUGUCCGUCUGUCUAUGCUGCUUCCCUGGGGCCCAUCACCGCAGCAUUUGGGCUUCAGUCUCACCUCACUGGCUAACCACAAGUCACACAAGCAAUUCCCUUAGACGCUCCAGUUUCCCAGUAUCACCACCAGU